CGGCCCCGGGCGCCGGCCGCCUGCUGCAGCCCAUCCGCGCCACCGUGCCCUUCCAGCUGCUGCACGGGGUGCCCAGCCCCCCGGCCCCCGACCUCCCGAGGCCACACGGCCGACCCCGGCGCCGGAGCGGUUCCCCGGAGCCCCGAGCGGACAGACCCAGAUCUCAGCAGGUGAGGACGUCCAGCUCCAUAAGACGGACCUCUUCUUUGGAUGCCAUAACAGGGCCUUACCUCACAGGGCAGUGGCCCCGGGACCCCCACGUCCACUACCCGUCGUGCAUGAAAGAUAAAGCAACCCAGACCCCGAGCUGUUGGGCUGAGGAGGGGGCUGAGAAGAGAUCCCAUCAGCGCUCAGCGUCGUGGGGCAGUUCGGACCAGCUGAAAGAGAUCGCCAAGCUGAGGCAGCAGCUCCAGAGGGGCAAGCAGGGCAGCAGCCGGCACGGCCACCGCGACAAGGAGCGCCACUCGCCUCUGCACGGGCACCCCGCGGCCAGCAGCCAGACCCAGGCUGCGGGCUCCAGGGCCGCCUCGGUGGCUGUGUCUGGCGCGCCGGGGCCCAAGUCGGCGGCUUCGCGGGCGGCCUGCAGUGUGGAAGGCAUCAGCCCGGAGCUGGAGAAGGUCUUCAUCAAGGAGGCCAGCGCCAAGGAGGACGGGGGCAAGCCUCUGGACCCGGUUCCAGACGGCCGCCGGGCCCCGCCGCCCGCCCCCCGCAGCAGCAGCAGCGGCACCCGCAGCAUCGACACGCAGACGCCGUCCGUGCCGGAGCGCAGCAGCAGCUGCAGCAGCAGCCACUCACCCUGCGCGUCCCCCUUCCGGCCGGCUGAGUCCCAAGACGGCAGCCCCUGCUCCGCCGAGGACCUGCUCUACGACCGCGACAAAGACAGUGGCAGCAGCUCGCCGCUCCCCAAGUACGCCUCGUCUCCAAAACCCAACAACAGCUACAUGUUCAAGCGAGAGCCGCCAGAGGGCUGUGAGCGAGUGAAGGUCUUUGAGGAGAUGGCGGCUCGCCAACCCAUCUCGGCCCCUCUCUUCUCCUGUCCGGACAAAAACAAGGUGAACUUCAUCCCGACGGGAUCGGCCUUCUGUCCCGUGAGGCUCCUGGGCCCUCUCCUGCCGGCCUCGGACCUCAUGCUCAAGAGUUCUCCGGGCUCUGGCCAGAGCCCGAUCCUGAGCGCGUUGGCCGUCGAGCAGCUGUCGGCGAGGGUGGCUUUCUCGACUCUGUCCGAAGACGGCGGGGCCGUGGACUCGGCCGUGGCGGAGGUCAGCCUUCCGCCGCCGUGCCCGCCCCCGGGCGCCCCGCUGCUGAGCGAGUGCCCGGCCGAGGAGCGGGGCCCGUCUCAGGGCUACGUGGCCAUCUGAGCCCUCAGGACCCCAGUCAGGACGGCCAGUGGGCAGAGCGGCCUCGGCCCCCGGAGGGUCUCGUCGCUUCUUGGGGGGUGGCAGGGCUGCUCGCGGGGUGUCUCAUUCUGCAUUUCCCAGUACGUCUGACCACAGGAGCGCCGCGUCCCGUGGUCUGGCCCGAGUUCUUCGUCGGCGACCUCUGUGUCAAGCAGCUGCCUGUCCCGGGGGAAGAUGUCCGGCCGGCCUGAUCCUUCGGGACGGCGAUACCCAACCCGGGGUUUGUGGUGCCCCCGACACCCCGAGGCCCCGUCCAGCUACUUCAGCCGAAGUCUAACUCAGGUAACCCGGAACGCCAGGCACAGGCCGAAGAGAAGAGGCCGCGCGACGGCGCUCUGCAUCCUCAUUCCAUUCCGUUUUCCUGGGAAGACCCGGAGGUGGCCCCGCGGGGGAGCCACGAGCAGGCUGUGGCGGCGGCAGCUGGACGUGAAGGGGGCGUCUUCCUGGUUCCCAAGAAGAGGCGGGAGGGGCCAGUCGUCCCUUCGUUCUGGCUGAAGAGGGCCGAGCUGGCUUCUCGUCUCCCUGGCCUUAGACGCGAGUGCCGUCGGGGUUCCUGGGCCAGACGGUGGCCGAGUCCCGAGAAUCCUCUUUGGGGACUUCGGGAAGCCCUGAAAGCUCUCUCCUGCUCCUCCGUCAGUGGUCGCUUCUGGCCGGCUCCCCCGGGGGGCGGCGGGCUCUCUCCCUGACUCGGAGCCUCGGGCCUGGGUUCUGAGCUGGUGGGAAGCAGGCAGGCCCCCGGCUUUCCCCGAAGUCAUCUCCACGCCGUGGCGGGCCUUCUUGUCCCCCUCUCAGACGUCCCCAGCCCGAAGCCGCUCUGAAGUGUGAAGGAACGAGGGCCGUCCCAGCUGCUGUUUGGCCAGAAGACCUUCUCCUUCUCUUCCACCAACAUCUGCUGCCAUUUUCCCCUGUGGGCGCACCUGUCAGUCAGUCAGUCAGUCAGCCUGGCCAUGUGCUGGUCAGUGCACAAAGGCCGGGCCGGCCUCAGGCCCUUUGAAAGUCACCUUCUCGGCUGCCCUCCCCCAGCGCUCUGAGGCCGUGAAGAAGAGGCCGUGGAGGGCACAUUCCCGCCCCCCCGAAGCUAGAUGUCAUUGUGCUGCCCUUCGUCCCUCGUGCACCGGCUUCGGCUUCUCUGUGUCCCUGGCCAGGGAGUCGCCCGCUCCAGGGCUGCCGGCCGAGACCCAGCUGAGGUGGUUUCGGUUCUGUCUGUCCCGGCCAGCGAGGCCCUUCCCGCGAGGCCGGCUGUGGCUUUUGUUUUGUACUUUUCCAGUAGAGAAAUUCCUGUGUCUUAUUUAAAUAAAGUUAUUAGUAAAACGCA